UGAAAUAUAAAGUGCUAGCUGAAAACCCUAGUCUGUGAUCAUCCAUUUCCCCCCUCCCGUUCCCUUCAGCAGAUCGCCGACGACAGCGGCGGUGACCGGAAAACAUGGUACACGUCGCCUUUUAUCGUAACUAUGGAAAGACCUUUAAGAAGCCUCGACGUCCAUAUGAGAAGGAGCGAUUGGAUGCCGAGUUAAAGCUUGUUGGAGAAUAUGGAUUGAGGUGCAAGAGGGAGCUUUGGAGAGUUCAGUAUGCCUUGAGCCGUAUCAGGAAUGCUGCAAGAAUGCUUCUGACUUUGGAUGAGAAAGACCCACGUCGUAUUUUUGAAGGUGAAGCACUCUUGAGGAGGAUGAAUAGAUAUGGGUUAUUGGAUGAGAGCCAGAACAAGCUCGAUUACGUCUUGUCUCUCACUGUGGAGAACUUUCUUGAACGUCGUCUUCAAACUCUUGUCUUCAAGACUGGCAUGGCUAAGUCAAUCCACCAUGCUAGAGUACUAAUUAGGCAAAGGCAUAUCAGAGUUGGUAGGCAGGUGGUGAAUGUUCCUUCUUUUAUGGUGAGACUGGACUCCCAGAAGCACAUUGACUUCUCUCUCAUCAGUCCUUUUGGUGGUGGGCGCCCUGGAAGAGUGAAGAGAAAGAACCAAAAGGCUGCUGCAAAGAAGGCAUCUGGUGGCGACGGAGACGAGGAAGAUGAAGAAUGAGCUCUUAUGUUUAUUUGCAUUUGGAUCUUAUACUUCGCCUAUUUAGUACUUUCUUGUUUUAUGUUUUGCAACUUUUAUGUACUGUCGCGUGUUAGAAAUGUUUUGGUUUGGUUUAGCACUUGUUAGGCUUUGGCCUAAAUUUAUGAUUGAAUCAGAUGACCUGGUUUUAAGAGCAGUUUUGUCUUUGUUUAAACUAGACAAUGAAUUGUUGGGGUUUACUUGAAUCAAAUUCGAGAUCAUACA